UUCAGUUCCUAACACCACAUAACAAAAUGAAAACAACCCUCCUAUUUACUAGUAUAUUUCUUGCCGGACUCAUUUUUAUUGAGCCGGUUGCAUCCCAAAAGUGUAAAUGUGCUCCACACAUGUGUUGUAGCAAGUAUGGUUAUUGUGGCACUACUAGUGCUUACUGCGGUAAAGACUGUCGAGGCGGCCCGUGUUCUCUACCAGCUCCAAAUAAUAACGCAAACGUCGCGGGCAUAGUGACCGUUUCUUUCUUUAAUGGGAUUGUUUACAAGUCUAAAAAAUAUUGUCCUGGAAGACGUUUUUACACACGUGAUGCCUUUCUUAAAGCGCUCAAGAACUACCCACAUUUUGGUAGAUCUGGUUCGAUCGCGGAUUCAAAGCGUGAAAUCGCAGCUUUCUUUGCUCAUGUUACUCAUGAGACGGGACACUUUUGUUAUACUGAGGAGGUAAAUGGUCGUUCAAGAAACUAUUGUGACAAUACUGCGACCAAAUAUCCAUGCAACCCUAAGAAAAGUUAUUAUGGAAGAGGCCCAAUUCAACUUGCAUGGAACUACAACUAUGGUGAAGCCGGAAAGAGCCUCGGGUUUGAUGGGCUUAACAACCCGGAUAUCGUGGCUAGUGACCCGGUGGUUUCAUUCAGGACCGCGUUGUGGUUUUGGAUGGAGAAUGUUCAUUGGGAUUUCGCUUCUGGUAAAGGGUUUGGAGCUACAAUCAAGGCCGUCAAUGGAAAUGAGUGCAACGGUAAGAAACGAGCCGCUGUAAGCGCUCGUGUCGCAUACUACAUUGGUUAUUGUAAAGAGUUUGGUGUUCCUGCGGGGAAAAAACUUAGGUGUUAAUGUUGUUUUAUGAGUUUCAAGUACCCCUAAGUUAGCUUAAUAAUUAUCUAUGUUUAAAAUAGAUAUUUGACACAACGAAGGUCGAAUAAAUGAACUUAUGUUA